AUGGACUGUGCAAUCAGGGAAACCAGCAUGCAGCCAGAGUCUUACCCUGAUGAAAUUGGACCAAAACACUGGCCAAGCUCCCGGUUUGCUCAUGUCAUGAAACUGCGACAGGCAGCCCUUCGAACUGCGAGGGAAAAAUGGUCAGACUACAUUCUGUUCAUAGAUGUCGACAACUUCCUGACUAACCCUCAGACCCUGAACCUAAUGAUUGCAGAAAACAGAACCAUUGUGUCACCCAUGCUGGAGUCCCGGGGCCUGUACUCUAACUUCUGGUGUGGAAUCACACCUCAGGGCUUCUAUAAGCGGACCCCAGACUACCUUCAGAUCAGAGAAUGGAAGAGAAUGGGCUGUUUCCCCGUCCCCAUGGUCCACUCCACCUUCCUGGUUGACCUCAGAAAAGAGGCCUCUGACAAGCUGGCUUUCUACCCCCCACACCAGGACUACACCUGGACCUUUGAUGACAUCAUCGUUUUUGCCUUCUCCAGCAGACAAGCAGGUAUCCAGAUGUACCUCUGCAACAAAGAGCACUAUGGCUACCUGCCCAUCCCUCUGAAGCCUCACCAGACACUGCAGGAAGAAGUCGAGAACCUCAUCCACGUGCAGAUAGAAGCAAUGAUUGACCGUCCUCCAAUGGAACCUUCCCAGUUUGUGUCAAUUGUCCCUAAGUAUCCAGACAAGAUGGGAUUUGAUGAGAUUUUCAUGAUCAACCUCAAACGCAGGAAGGACAGGCGGGACCGGAUGCUGCGAACGCUCUAUGAACAGGAGAUUGAGGUCAAGAUCGUGGAGGCUGUGGAUGGGAAGGCACUCAACACGAGCCAGCUGAAGGCCUGGAACAUUGAGAUGCUUCCAGGUUACCAGGAUCCCUACUCCUCCAGGCCUUUAACCAGGGGUGAAAUUGGUUGCUUCCUCAGUCACUUCUCUGUCUGGAAAGAGGUUAUUGACCGAGAGCUGGAGAAGACUCUCGUCAUUGAGGAUGAUGUGCGUUUUGAGCAUCAGUUCAAGAAGAAGCUGAUGAAGCUGAUGGAGGACAUUGACAAGGCUCAGCUGGACUGGGAACUGAUUUACAUUGGUAGAAAAAGAAUGCAAGUUAAAGAGCCAGAGAAAGCGGUGCCCAAUGUUGUAAAUCUCGUUGAGGCUGAUUAUUCCUACUGGACGCUGGGCUAUGCCAUCUCACUGGAGGGAGCACAGAAGCUCGUUGGAGCUGAUCCCUUUGGGAAGAUGCUGCCAGUGGAUGAGUUCCUGCCAAUCAUGUACAAUAAGCAUCCUGUAGCCGAGUACAAGGAGUACUAUGAAUCCAGAGACUUGAAAGCCUUCUCCGCAGAACCUCUGCUCAUCUACCCGACACACUACACAGGCCAGCCGGGCUACCUGAGCGACACAGAAACGUCAACCAUCUGGGACAAUGAGACAGUGGCCACUGAUUGGGACAGGACACAUUCCUGGAAGUCCCGGAAGCAAGGACACAUCCGAAACAAUGCCAAGAACACAGAAGCGCUACCACCACCAGCUUCUCUGGACACCGUGCCUUCCAGGGAUGAGCUCUGAAGGCUCCCUGGAACUCUGGUCCACACGGUCCAUCACUGUCUGGUUUCUCUAAAGGGCUACUCAUCUGUUUGCUCCAGUUUGGCUUUUUGUUCUGACCUUUUGUUUUUAGGGAUGGCAGUCAUCUAAUCAAAGUGGUUUGAUGUGAUUGAUCAAAAUGAUAAACUCUGGAUAGUGAAGGAUGAAGAAACUAAAAAGCAAAUUCCCUAGGAUACCUUUUCUGGAACGCCUAAGUUAAACUUCAGUCCAAAUGCCCAGUUCUCUCACUAGCCAUAGAAUGCUGUUAGCCACAUUGAUGUGGCAAAUGGCUCAUAUUUUCUUGUCCAAGAGACGGUACCACCACUCAGCUGUCACACCAGUCAGUGGGCAAUCAACACAGACAGGCCACUGGACUUUGUUUACUAAUCUGAGUGGUUGAUUUUGUUUUCUUUUUGUUUUCUGAGACAGGGUUUCUCUGUGUAGCCUUGGCUGUCUUGGACUUGCUUUGUAGACCAGGCUAGCCUCAAACUCACAGAGACAUGCCUGCCUCUGCUUGCCUGAUUGUUGAGGUUACAGGGGUGUGUCACCACGCCUGCCUGAGUGGUGAUUUUAUGUGACAGAUGUGACCUUGAAAACAUCAAGCCAUCUAGACUACAUUUUUUGGUCUAUUUAAUGUGACCUUGAGAACUGGUUUAUGUAAUGAAUGUCUGGGGAUGGGGAAAUCAAACCAUUAAUUGGGCUUUUAUUCAAAGGAACUCUGUCAUGAGCCUGUUGCAAAGCUGAUGUUUCACUCUUGGCCUCGUUAUCCGGUGGUGUGAGUAACUGGCUUGGGCUAAGACUUGGCUCUUGACCAUCAUGGCGGCUAAAUCUUUCAUUGGAAUGUCUAGUUGCCAUGUGGCUGUAAUAUUUAGAUAUUUAUGGGGGAAAGAUCUCAACCCUUGGCAUUUUUAUUGUGGCUUCUUGAGUUCAGUAUGCACUAUUUAUAAAGGGAAAUGUAAUAUAUACAGGGUGAAGGGUGGGUGAUUCCAGGCCUGUGCUGGGGUGGUCCCGCCGCCGCAGCACCUCACACCGUUUGUCUCACUCCUUUGCCUGGGAAUAAACUACAGGUCUGAGUUUAAUGACUCACUGUUACAAGCUGAAACGAAUUUCAGCCUCACAAUUGGCCUAGCCUUGACUUUCAUUAUAUUCUGAAUUAUUUAUUUUACAAAUGUGGAAGGGAAACAAAACAAAAUGAUGUCUCAGGCUCUCAUCGCAUACUGGGGAACAUCAGGGUAGACAUCUAAGUCUACCAACCAUCUGAGUUGCCUGAAUUUCCCAGCGUGGAUUUUGUAGGCAAGAACACCGGUGAAAGACUAACCAGGUAGGAGUCAGUUAUUCUCCAGCGAAUGAGGGAGACAUUGGUCUGGACAGCAGAUUUAAGUCAACAAUCUGCAGCUCUCAGAGCCCAAAAUCCAAAAUAGACACCCUUUCUCAAAAAGCAUCCCCUAAAACUCCUUCCUCAUUUCUUCACAGACCUGUGAGGUGCCGGGCUGUGUCAAGGCGUCCAGGUUCACAGCCGGGUGCCUGAGAACAUCUCCCGGUGCUUCACCUCAGCCGCCCUUCCCUCCUCAUUAUGGCUGAGUCUUCUCCACAGCUGAAGCAGAGAAGCCAGGUGUAUCUGGCUCCCGUUUGCCACUUCUCUUCUAGAAAAAAACAGGAAGAGCACUGGCGAGCUCGUGAGAAACCUUAGAUGAUUCCUAAGGUCUCCUUGGGUGUUCGGUAUUUUGUUUGUAAUUUGAAUGUGUGAAGGUAUGCCUGGCUUUGACUGUGUUUUUUAUAGGGGUGGGAGGUGGCUGGGGUGCUGCAGGGGGACUGAGUUGCUUUUCUGUCGUGUUCUGGUUGUUGAUGUUUCAAUGGAGAAGUUUCCCCCGUUUGCCCUGUCAGCUGGUCUGAUGGAUUUAAGAAUUUUCAUUCGUAAAAGACCUUGGAUUUCAAUUCUUGAAUUUUAGAUUAGGACCUUUCUAACUGUGAAUAAAGU